AGUUUUUUUGCCCAGAAGAAGCCGCGUGCACUUCCUAUUUACAACUUUUUUUUUCUGUAAUACAACGUGAGACAAAGACCAGAACCAGGACCAGGACCAGAACCAGGACCAAGACCAGAACCAGGACCAGGACCAGCUGAGCUCUCGUCUCUUUUGCAGGCGCUGAAUCGGAACCGUGAUGUCGGACUCGGAGUCGGACUCGGAGUGUUCGGGCUUCGGGGAGCAGAGGAGCAACGAGAUCGCUUUUCUGGACCAUAACUUUGCCAUCGUGAACCCGCAGACUCCAGAUGAUGUGUAUGAGUACUGGGAUCAGAUUUCUCAGGAGGAUAAAAAGGUGGCAGGGCAUCUGAUGAAGAUCUGUGCUUUCUGGCUCCCGAUUCUGCUGCAUCCGGACGAGUCCAGCACCGUGUCCUGCUGGGCCGCGCAAGUGGGACUCGUCGAGCCCAAUAAAGACUUGAGUUUGAGGCACAUUGAUAAGAUUGAGAUUCUGGAGGCGAUUCUGCGAGCGCUCGUCAAAGGAACAUUGAAAAAGGCUCAGACUAAACAGGUGGUGCUGAUCAGCAACAGCUUCUACCUGCACUCUCCGGAGGUUCUGGAAAACGCUCUUCAGUGGUUGGAGAGAACCGGAGAACCAAGGAUCCGGGUGCGAGUCCUGGAGCUCGGGCACCUGGACGUCUGCUUCAAAGCCCUGCACCUGGUGUUUGUGGAGUUUUCUCAGUACGUUAAAGCUUUGGCCUACAGCUUCGACCGGACCAUGUGCGCCCUGACCGCCCGCCCCAACGACAUGCUCGUCAAGAGAAGUGAAGAAAUGAAGCGAAAAGGGAACGAGCAUUUUCAGAGGAGACUCUACGACGAAGCCGUCAAGUUCUACACCAAGGCCAUCAAACUACACCCUGAUAACCACAUCAUCUAUGGAAACCGAGCUCUCUGCUACAUCAGGUCCAACAACUUCCUAAAAGCGUUGGGCGACGGGAAACGGGCGACUCUGAUCAAACCGCUCUGGGCCAAGGGUCAGUACCGGUACUGUGAGGCCCUGUUCGGUCUGGGCGAGGUGCGACGGGCGCUGGAGGCCAACAGGUCGGCUCAGACUCUGUGUAGAAACGACCCUGAGGGCAUCAGGGACCUGGAGUCACAGCAGCAGAGGUUCAGCGCACACGUGUCCCACAGCGCCGCCAGCGUUCAUCUAAAGACGAAUAUUUCCCUGAAUGUCAGCGCCGCUCCUGCUGCUCCUCCUUCUCCUCCUUCUCCAGCGCCUCACAGCGGGAAAACAAAGAAAGCAACGGCGCCCCCUGGUGCCAAAUCUGAGAAGAAAAACACUCAGGCCCCCGGUGGAGCAGAGAAGACAACUGCCCCCUCCAACGGGACAAAGAAGAAGACAGCGGCGCCCCCUGGUGCUAAAGCUGAGAAGAGAAGCGCUCAGGCCUCCAGCGGCGCAGACGGUAAAACAGUGACGCCCCCUGCUGGCACAGAGAAGAAGCCCUCUGCAGCGCCCCCUGGUGCCAAUGGGAAAACUGCAGCGCCCCCUGGUGCCAACGGGAAAACUGCAGCGCCCCCUGGUGCCAACGGGAAAACUGCAGCGCCCCCUGGUGCCAACGGGAAAACUGCAGCGCCCCCUGCUGGCACAGAGAAGACCGUCCCUGUGAAGAAGGAGGCCGAGGAAAAGGUGGAGAAAAAGGCUCAGCCAGCCAACGACAGGAGCAACGUGACCAGACGGACCUCCACCCCCGACCCCAAACCUGCCAAAAGUGGGAAACUGUCGACCCAGAACCGACCUGAGACCAGCAGAGGGCAGCACAACAACGCACACAACAACGCACACAACAACGCACACAACGGACCAAAGAAACCGAGCGUGGACGUGUUGAAGGAGUUGUCCUCUGCGGUCGCCGAGGGACACGCCGCCCUGGACGACCUGCGCUGUCGGAACGCCGAGCAGGCCUUCAGCCGCGCCCUGACCCUGGCACGAGCGGGCGCCUCCACACAGGUGUCCUCUCUGGACGUGUUGCUGUUGAAAUACGGAAGAGUCACUGCUCUGACUCAGAUCGGACGCUCCGAGGAGCUCUCUGAGGCCGAGCAGCUGCUCCGUCAGAUCCAGGCGUCAGAGGAGAGAACCUUCCAGUGUCUGGUGUGUUUGGCCUACGGACGAAUCUACGUCAAAGAGAACAGGUUCAGAAUGGCCCUGGUCCAUUUCUCAGACGCUCUUCAGAUGGUGAAGAACAGAAUCACUCCUGGUAAACUGACGUGGCCCCUGACCUCACACCUGCUCCCCGAGACUCAAGAGCAACAUUUACUGAACCUUCUUCAGGACUCCAUAGAGUUGUGCAGGUUUCCUCCUCCUCCAGACGCCGUUUGUCGUCUUGAAAACUGCACAGGUUCUGUUAAGAAAGAAAUUUACUUCACUGACCCGGAUUUUAAGGGCUUUAUUCAGAUCCUGUGCUGUCAGAGCUGCAGUGUGGAGUACCACAUGAGCUGCUGGAAGAGCCUCAAGAGUCUGCACUUCUAUGAGAAGAGUGAGAAGGAGUUCCUCAGAGACCCGUGUUUGACCCCAGACUGCGGUGGGCAGAUAAACUCAAUAAAGAUCUACGGUCCCACAGGCCUGGUGAAGUGUAAGUUUGAGGUGGCCAUUCCCAAACCUGUGACGCCGAAGAAGCCUAAAGUCAACCAGAGGUGCACCAGUAUAAAGAAGUUACAGUCUAAAGAGGAGCGUCUGGUCCGGAGGAAGCAGCACAAACACGUCUCUGAGCUCUGUGAAGGAAACGCCUCAGAGUCUGAUCCAACCAACGACCACGUCACCGACACCACACCUACAGCUCGUCUCCACUUCAGGGACCACGUUCUCCUGCAGAUCAGCCAGCACCUGGAGCUCCUGUGUGAGGAGAGCAGCUCGUGUGUGUCUCUCCUGAGCCUUCGCCUCAGGCCGUGGUUGCAGCUGGACGUGUCCAGAGGGAGUCCUGUGGCCCGGAGGCUCCUGCAGAGUCUGGAUCAGCCCGAGGCGUCUCUGGGGGGCGCCGUCGAGCUGCUGCUGGAGCGAAGGAACCGAGUGUGGGCACGAAUCCUCAUCCAGUCCCUCAGCGACAGCCAGGACCUCCAGCCCAGAGUCUACAGCUGGGCCCAGAGCCUCGAGUCUGCAGGUCUGAGGGCGGCUCAGUUCUUCAUGGAGCGUUACUCGGAGGAACUGGAGCGGUUGGACUUGUCUCUGCUGCUUCGCUUCGGUCCGGUUCAGGAGAUCAUCCUGGAGAAGUUGGGCGGUAAACCUGAGAUGUUCUCGUCUUUGGGGCUCACGCUCACAGAGUAUCUGCGCCAGUCUCCCGCCCACGACAUGAGGCUGUUCAUCUGGGCCCUGGAGGAGCAUCGGCAGCACUACAAGUCCUGCCAGUCCAUCCUCGACCAGUAUUUUGAUAUGAUGGACGGCCUUUGUUCUGUUUUAAAAAAGUCAGAAGAUGAUAAUAAUAUAAAUUCUCCUCAUAAAACUAAACCCCGGGGCAGAAAAAAGAAAGGCCCAAAGUCUGUGGCGGCGUGGACGGGGCCUCAGGGGUCGGGACCUGCAGCAGACGACUGGGAGCCUGUUCUUCUAGAGGACGACUCUCUGAGGUUCCUGGAUCAGCCCUUCAUGGUCCCGUCUCACCUCCGGCAGCAGGUUUCCUCCUUUGAAGACGAGUACAGGAGGAACAGUCCCGCCCACCACCUUCUGGACUCCGCCCCUCGACUCUCCAAAGACGCUUUAUACGAGUAUUUUACCCUGAUCCUGGAGGAGCACGGGCCCCUGGUCCCCGACGACCCUUUGCUGGUGGGAGAGCUGAGGAACUUCCCGUCGUCGGCGCAGCGGCAGAUCUUUGAGGCGGGGGGUCUGGAGGCGUUUCUCCUGAGCUCGCCGUCCUUCGCGCGGGUGGGUCUGUGCGUGGGGCUGUCGGGCGCAGAGGGACCCCCCCCUCACGCCUGCCUGGACCAGCUGGACGUUAUAGACGACGACUCCGGGCCCCUGCAUCACUCCAGCUUUUUCACCAACCUCAGAGACUCCUACCCCGCGCUCCCGAGUCCGUACGUGUUCGACCUGUACACGGACUCGGGUCUGGUGGAGCCCGGCUCUCCUCCGGCCCCCGCAGAGCACCCCGCAGAGCACCCCGCAGAGCACCCCGCAGAGCACCCCGCAGAGCACCCCGCAGAGCACCCCGCAGAGCUGCUCUGUGUGGCCGUCAACACUGAGGCCCUCCCAGACCUUGAGGAGAGUCAGGGGGGUGUGAACGGCCUGAUGAAGCUCCAGCUGAAGAUGCAGCAGGAGAUGUUGUCCAUGAGGGACGACAGAGACAGACAGAAGCAGCAGAGGCAGGAGGAGCUCAGGGCCCUGGAGGAGGAGCUGGAACAGGCCGUGUCCAACGUGCAGGUGACACAGAAGGAACUGUCUCUGUUCCAACACAAACUGGAGGAGGAGGUGAAGAAGGAUCAGAAGGACAAGAAGGAACAUCAGGAACGUCUGCGAGGACUGAAGCAGGAGGUGGAGGUUCUGCAGCAAGAGCAGCACAGACUGAAGAGGAGCAUCAGGGAGAAGAACUCUGCCCACAAGUCCAGACUCCAGGACUUCCUUCAGCUCAGUAACCAGGCCGCUGCGGAGAAGAUGAGUCUGGAGGAGGAGCUCCAACGCUGCAAAGAACAGGAGAGCAGAGCCUCCAGGAGGUCCCUCACCGCUCAGGUGAAGGUGCUGCAGACUCAACAGGAGCAGGUCCUGUACCCGCUGCGCCGGGAGCUGGCAGAAAGUCAGGGCCUGAUUUGGCGUCUGGGCGAAGUGGCCCACAGGUUCUCUCCUCAGGACCUGGAGGCCACACUGAACCGUCUGAGAGCCGGAGUCCAGGAGAUCGAAAAGAAGAUCUCGUCCACAGAGGAGCACUACACCAGGCUGGUGGAGGAGUUGAGGAGCGGAGCUGAACUGAGCGACCUGCAGCCAGAGAACAACACACUGAACCCAGACACACAGUCUGUGCAGGUCCCUGAGGCGUCGUCUCUGUCGCCUCCACAACCUCCUGCGGUGACCAGCGCCUCCCCGAGCAAGAAGAAGAAGCCCAAGAAAGCCCAGGAGACGCCCACCGCCCCCGCCGCGCCAACCGCACCCACCGCGCCAACCACCGCGCCAACCACCGCGCCAACCAUGCCCACCACCGCGCCCAACGCACCACCCAACGCACCACCCACGGCAACCACAGCAACCACGGCAACCGCCCCCACCACAGUGUUUGAACGUGCCCUGGAGAGACUGGGGGCCAUCUUCCCCGACACCAACAGGGCCGAGCUCAGCGCACACAUCCAGAGGUUCCGUUCGUCCAGUGGUUCCUUCCACAGUCUGAGUCUGAUGGACGUGAUCCAAGGAGUCACACAAAUCCUCCUGGACCAACAAGAGGUGAGGACUCGUUCCAGAGUGACUCCUCCUUUAGGAAACGUCGCCUCCGUGUGGCAGACUGUGGAUCCUCCACGCAGCGCACACGUCCACGCAUUAAACUCUGAGGAUCCGUGCAUCAUCUGCCACGACGAGAUGAGUGAGGAGGACAUGUGUGUGCUGGAGUGUCGACACAGCUUCCACCGAGAGUGCAUCCGCUCGUGGCUGAAGGAGCAGAGCACCUGUCCCACCUGUCGAGAUCACACCCUGCUGCCUGAGGACUUCCCUGCCCUGUCGACCAAGAGACACAUCUGAGACGCCCCGCACCUGCCCGCACCUGCCCUGUCCGAAUCACAACUUUUGUGGAAUCAAUGAAACUCUUUGUUCAUUCUUUAUUUUUAAGUUUCAUGAUUUUACAUUUUACACUAUUAAAAAAACAUUUAAACACUUCAAGGUUUUUUUUUCAUCUCCACUGGAAAGGUCUGAAGGUCCUCCUGAAGGUCCUCCUGAAGGUCCUCCUGAAGGUCCUCCUGAAGGUCCUCCUGAAGGUCCUCCUGAAGGUCCUCCUGGUCUUUACAAAGCCAAAGAGCUGGUGAUUUGAGCGGUGACAAACGUGGACAGUCAGACGUUUGUGGAACUUAAACCUUCUUCCUUCUGUUGGUGUCACAGCGUUGAGGUUUGUUUUCCUCCGUCUCAGACCUUCUGGAAUGUUCUGAGGAGCAGAGCCGGGCUCAGACUCUGCACAGCUUCAGGGGGAAGUUCUCCGUGAUGAGGUGGUCGUCCUGAAGCACGAUCACGAUGUUCACUUCAAACUCUGAGGGAAGAAACGGAACAGAAAUAUUUAAAGGAGCUGGAAAGGAGCUCGGAGUCGAAUCUGCACGGAGCUGCUUUUCUCUGAGUUUAAUGUUUUCUGUGAACUUCUGUUUUAAAGAAAUAAAAACAUAAUAAAACUGAA